UAUAAGGGCUCACUCGGGACGCGACCUCCACAGUGGAGCCACAGCACUCCAGAAUACACCAGUUCCUUGCUCUUCGUCAAACCAUGCGGCCCAACGUUCAGCAGAAGCCAGCGGUGGGAAUCUUCCUACUUUGGACUCUCUCGUGCGUCGCCCAGAGCUCCGGACAAGAGCAUUGCAAGCCGUUCCCCCUCAACCAGACGCUCUCGUACACGGACUUGCAAGCGAUGCAGGAAAAACUCUCUGCUUGCUGCUGGACGGCCCCCAACAACUGCCAAGUGGCCGGCGGAUUCUGCAUUCCGGCCUGGCUCGGGCGCUUCUGCCCUCAGACCAACGACGUUCUCUGCGGCCGGUGCGGGUGUACAUGCUGCAUGGAGAAGAUAAUUCCGGUUAUCCGGCAAUGUAGCGGCUCCUGCUCGAGGCCCUACCAGCGAUGCAUGCCUGAGAGAGAAUGCUUCAUGAGAAAAAUGGAUGCAGAUGUAGGUGACCUCGUACCUAUUGACAGCUGUGGAUCGCCUGGCUGCGCUUGUUGUCCAAUCUUUGCUUACUAG